AUGCUUCAGAAUGCGAACUCGAUUAAAAGAAUAAUGAAGGAGUUAAGGGACAUCCAAGAGUCUGAGAAAAACAAUCCAGAAGGCAAUGGAGAGCACGUGGUGAGAAUAGGCCCAGUGGAUGAAGCUGACAUGUACACAUGGAGAGGCAAGAUAACUCCGCCUGUUGGCAGUGACUAUCACGGGGGUGUGUUCUAUUUGGAUAUUAAAUUCCCAACAGACUACCCAUUCAAGCCGCCCAGAAUUAGAUUCCUUACUCGCAUAUUCCAUCCUAAUAUAAAUACGAAUGGAACCAUCUGUUUGGAUAUUUUAAAUGAAAAGUGGUCCCCUGCACUGACAAUAUCAAAGGUAAUGAUGUCUAUAUGCAGUUGGCUAGAUGAGCCAAACCCGGAUGAUCCGCUGGUUCCUAACAUUGCCUCUAUGUACAAGACAGAGCGCGCCAAAUAUAGUGAGACAUGCCAAGAGUGGACAACAAAGUAUGCACUCGAUACAAGCAAUGAUAUAGACGCGUGGAAAUAAGGGGUGCCCUACAGGAAAUAAAUGAUGUUUG